AUGAGUGCAGAACUCGAUGAAGUUAUUCAGAUAAAUACUCCACUACUGAACGAUAUCACUCUACAUGAAAAUGAUCUGACUGAAGAAGCAAAAAAUCGGUUCAGCUAUCACAAAGACAUUUUAGAAGCUUUCGAAUUAUGUCGUCGUACUAUACUUGAGAACUACCUGUUGACAAAAGUUGGUCGUCACUUGCUCUUACGUCGCAUCGUUAAAUUGCAUGCAGAUUGCAAGCGAGUACUCAAUUAUGUGGCAGCAAAUACUGAAAUUCUUAAUCAUGAUUUGCCAACUACCGGUCCAUUAGUGAUAUGUGGUCUUCCACGCACAGGCUCGACAUUACUUCACAAUUUACUUGCCUGUGAUCCUAAUUGUCGUGCUCCGCUAUUGACGGACAUGUGCAUCGAGUGCGCUCCACCUAUUCCACGUUCAAAUACAAUUGAGCACGAGCGACGAAUGCUUGCUACAAUAGAUGAGACACAACUCUGCGAACAGCUAGUGGGUCGUAAACAUGUGACAGUCGAGUCUCAUCCAAAGUUUAUUAUUGAAGAAGAUUAUAAUGUUUUACAACAGACUGGUGUUGUUAUCACACUAGUAUAUCUUAGUGCUCUUACUCAGACAGAAAUUGGUAAAUGGAUAUAUGAUGAAAAAAAUAAAACAUUCACAUAUGACUAUCAGAAGACAUUUUUACGCAUGUUAAAUAUUGCAGAUGCUCCGAAGUCUCAUUGGGUAUUAAAAUCCCCAGAACACUCUCUUUAUCUUGAUUUGCUUUUCGCUCAAUACCCAGAUGCAGCUGUUAUUAUGACACAUCGACGUUUGGAUGAGGUUCUGCCAUCGUUUUGUCGUAUGUCAUGGAUAUUUGACAAUAUUUACUUUCACAAAGACGAUUCUCUAGCUCGUGCGACAUCGGCCACACGGGCUAUUCAACACAUUGAUAAGAUGAUCGAACGGAUCGUCGAAUAUCGUACUCGGUCGUUCCACUCGCACAGUACACCACACAAGACCAUCUUUGAUGUUGAUUACAAUGAUUUAGCGGAACAACCAAUAGCCACUGUGCGCCGAAUAUACGAUCAUUUCAACCUUUCGUGGUCAGAAGAAUUCGAAAAGGCCAUGAACGCUUGGCUUCGGGCUAAUCCUCAAGGCAAACAAGGCCGUCAUAGAUAUAGUCUUGAUGAGUACGGUCUCACAAUUGAAGAAAUCGAAACACGCUAUGCUGAUUAUAACAGGUUGUUUCUUCGCUCGUGUCAACCACUUCAAACUGCAUUCAUUAGCGAUUAG